AUGUCAAAAAGGAGAACUGUCAAUUUGUCCAAUGAAGAGCAGUGGGAAAUUCCAAAAUUCUUGAAGUUCGAAGGUUCUCGUGAUCGUAAUGGUCGGUAUCAGCACGGCGACUUGUCACGAAGAGAUGAAAACGCCGUCGGAAUCGAUAGCGACGAUAACGGUGGUUGUCUGGUUGAGAGUGGUGCGAGCGGUAGGCGCAACGGUUGA